UCAAACUAACUUCACCGCGGUUCUGAUUAUGUCGUGAUCAGAUCUCAGGUCUCAGAUUUCUCAAAUGUUUCUUAAGUAAGACUCGUGUUGCAUCUAUGUUUUGUCUCUUUGUUUCUCCUAAGUCACCUUUAGGAGAAAUAGAAAAGACACAGUCAAGCUUGUAAUGUGAGCUCAAUUCAGUCUCAUGAGACUAGAAAAACAUCUUUCUGAGCAACAAAAUUUUGAUAUGGGCCUCUACGUUUUCACACGUAUGAUGGUGAAUUCUUGUGAGAAGAAAUCGUAUGUUACUGAGGCAGAGCAUACGAAAUAUGAAAGAGUCUUUCUUCUGUUUUACGACUUACAACUAGACACUGCAGUUUUAAUGCUCUACCAAACCGUUUGCACGCGCUGUUUUUAUUGAUAACAACAGGUUAAAAAAUUAACGCGGGUGCUGUAGCUCGGUUUGCUGUGCUGUGCUGUGGACAACUGUUGUUUAUUUUUAAAAUACAAUAAAAGAGAGAUGUGGGAUAAUGUAGCGGUCGGGUAGAUUCAUAAACACCCGGAAGAGGGACGGAUCAGUGACUGGCUAGAGAAGGGCUGUCCGGUUGAGAAGUACUGGACCAAUACUGAAGCGGGAAUAGAAAUGAAAUUGCGCGCGAAAAUAGCAGAAAGAACAAGCGUCCGAGUAAAUUAAGCCAGGAAUUCCUAGUAGUGCGUGUUUUUACUAUUUUUGUUAUUUUUUACAUUUUGCAUACAAUUCUGUGAUUCGCGCGUGUUAUAUAUCCACACCGACAGCUUUAAAUACAACCACAAGAAAUACCGCAUCAGAACGAGACGUCUCAUCAGAAUGGUUUCAAAUUUGGAUCAUGCUUUUAUUAUCACUUCAGUUCUAUUCCUGAAGAUUGAACUGUGUAUUUGUGCUUGUGCACAAGCUGAAUAUGAGACAAAUGGAGAAUGCUGCCCCAUGUGUCCAUCUGGCAGUCGUGUUUUUAGACAUUGCACUGAAGUCAUCAGCACAACAUGUAUACAGUGUUUUGGCUCGACUUACACGGAUGAACCCAAUGGACUUCCAAGCUGCAUUAGCUGUACUGUGUGUGAAGUUGGACAAGGAUUAAGAGUAAAAACCACCUGUACACAGACUUCAGAUACAGUCUGUGAGCCCCUGGAGGGAUUUUACUGUACUGAUGGAUACAGGGGCAGCUGCAGAUAUGCUGUGGAACAUAGGAAAUGCAGCCCUGGCCAAUACAUAAAGCAGAAAGGAACAGCAUUAAAAGAUACUGAAUGUGCAGCAUGUGCAGAUGGCACCUUCUCCAACGGCUCCCUUGAAAUGUGUAAACCACAUUCAAAAUGUGGACUUAUAGAAAUAGAAAAAGGAACAAAUUCUUUGGAUGUUGAAUGUGGAAAAAACCCUCCAGUAGCUCUAAUAGCUGGAGCCGUAGCUGGAGUGCUGACUACAGUAUUGGCAGUAGCUGGAGCACUGUUUUUUGUUAUAAGAUGUAGCAGAUGCCCAUACAGAGCUGAUUCUGCUGAGAAAAUGGGACCUUCAUACAAACACACAUAAUGGAUAUGUGUGCCCUUAAUCACCGUGGUCAUGCGACUUCUCCAGCUGAAAAUGACUGUGAAAUACAACCUUGUGACCCACAAGACAAUGAGUUCACACACAUACUGGAUAUAAUGUAAUGGCGUUCUCCUCCGGACUGUUACACAAAUACGGCAUAAUCUGCAUGGAAGCAUCAUCAAAAAGGAAAGCCAGUUGUCCGAAAUCAGAUGCAUUUCUGAAAAAGCUCUGUAGACUUGUUAAGUAAAACGUUUGGGGCAAAAUCACCAGAAGUAUGUUAGGAGAAAGCCAUCGUACCUUUUUAGGCCACAACUGCUGCUCCUUAACAAAAACACGAGAAGAUUGAGCGAGGCACCAUGAGUGUUUACGAAACACAAAGGACACACCUGUUAGUGUUGGGAGGUCCGGCUCUUUUCAAAGAUCCGGGUCUUUUUGCUUGGCUCCCUUAGAACAGCCAGCUCUUACAGCUCCCAAAUGGCUUCAAAAUGGCUCUUCAUUUACUGUCCCUAGGAGCCUUCUAUUUUAGCCUAAUUUAGCAAUUAUUAAUGUUUUGUGUGUUGGUAAGCAAUUUUUUAUUCAGUGUUUUCAUAAAGCCUUAUUUUUAUGCAUUAUUUUUCAUUACAAAAAAAAAAUACACCAUUACUAUUGUUUAACAUUUUAUUCAAACCUUUAAAUUAAUAAGUGAACACAGAACCACAGCAAACAAAUCAAAUAAAUAAAGGCCAAAGUGUUAACAUUAUGACACUUUAGAUAAAAGUCUUUAGUGCAGUUUUCCAUUCAGAAAUAUCAGAUGCUGAUUUCUUCUCUCUGAGAUGUGAGCUCAGGAAAGAGGAGGAUGUACUGAUACAUUAUAAUGUAUAUAUUUUUACUAUAUUCACUGCACAUUACACACAGUUAAUAAUAAAGGGCACUAAAGAUAUACUGAAUAUGCGUUGAACAUAAUGUAUACCAUAUGAACAUAAUGUAUAUUAAAUUCUUAAAAAACAUGGCAAAUAAAUUCUGUGGUCUGCAGUAAUCACAGAAAACCUCACUUACUGUAUCCCUUUCCUCAUGUGUAGAAAGCCUUAUGGAACAAACUACUUCCAGGGUGUGUGACCUGCUCAUGGUCUGUGUUAUACUCAGUAUAGUUGCCCUUUAUUCUGAGCACUGAGUAUAAAUGACUUACUUUAUAAUUAUACCAAAAUGGCAUCUCUGUUGAUAUAAAUAUCACAAAGUGUUAUCUGCACAAUGUGUCACUAGCCCUGAAAUGCAUACAGACAUCAAAACUUACUGUGUUUAGGCUGUUAUUAUGGUGCUAAAUGAUGGUGCUGGAGAUAUAGAUGAUUUGAUUUCCUGUGAUUUGUGUCUUAUUUACUACAUCUAUUAACUAUCUCACGUCAAGUGUGUACAAGAUACACAGAACUAUGUUUGCUGCCAUCUCAGCUGAUCGGUCCUUGAUGGUCUUUUCAGAGUGGCAUUUCUCGAAUUUCUUUAAAGCCAGUAACCAGAGCUUGGGAUUGAACCUGAGCACUGCACCACUAUGCUCUCUUUUUGUAACAAUUAACGAAUUUGUACCAAAUAAAAUAACAGAAGUAACCUAGACAAGCCUCCCUCUCCUUU